AUGUCAGAUCUCAGGCCCCACCAAAUAAAGGCUAAGACGCGAUGUACUAAAAUAACAUAUAUCUCUGUACACAACUUAGUUGGGUAUUUAGUAUUCCUCACCUCUAAAUCUUUGUGGCCACUUUGGCAGGACUUUGUGGCUUCUAUCAUUCUGCUGUACUGGAGUUACCCCAUCUUCGAGGAGUUUGACUACCUGGAAUUCUUUGCUGGGGUUGGCAACUUAACUUCUCAGGCACGGGCAUGUGGCUAUAAGGUGGCCCGAUUCGAUAUCUUAGACAACAAGCGUCCCCAGACCCGGAAGUCCAACUUUAUGGAUUUGACUUCACGGUCAGGGUUUGCGUUGGCCAUAUUGUGCCUCUUGCGCUGUCGCAUUGGCGACUUCGCAGCGCACUUUGCAAUCAAGUGUUCCAGCCUGUGCCAGAUGAACGCAGGGACGAGCAAACGUGGGGCAUGCUGCAGCAUCGGGUAUACAGAAUACCUCUCAGUUCAAAUCAGCAACAUCCUCGUUGAAAGGACUUGUCUUUUGAUUCUAUUGUGCACUGCCUUGGGGGGUGUGUGGACGGUGGAACAACCACUUGGCAGUGUCCUUGAAUUUUAUCCCGUGUGGCGAAACAUGAUGGCCAACAUCUUUGGCACUGGUGGAAUCUACGCAGUUGCCAAAGUGAAAUGGUGGAUGCGUCACUAUGGUAGCCAAACACCAAAGCGUCAUUAUGGCUACAGCAACUCUGGUGUGGUAAUGCGGUUGGACUUAGGGAAACUCUAUGCCACUCAACGUCCGCCCAGAAGUCAAAGGAUCAGAACAGCUGAUGUUUACGUUGACCGUUCUGGCACCAAACGCUACAAGGGAAACAAGAACCUUCGAUCUACAGAGAUCUAUCCCAUGCGGUUUGCACGGGCGCUGGUGGACCUUCUGGAGGAGAUGAAACGCACGGCAAAGGGGAUGCCUCAGUUGCCGGAUGUAGUCCCAGCGGCUCUGGAGUGUUUCAACGAGUGGCCCAGUGAUGAACAGAUUGGUUCAUAUCCCUUUGCCAGGGUGUCCCAAGUGUUUAACUACUUGCGAGGCAACCGCAAACUCAAAAUUCCACCAGAAUGGCGUGGCUCCAUUCCAGGUAUGUUUCCAGAGUGA